AUUCAGUUCCUUCACAUGGGGCGUCGUCGUCCCCCUACUUCAAUGCUGGGAUCUCUCCUUCCUCCCCUUGACUUCGAUCUUUGGAAGCAAAAAGAUCCCUUAGAAGAUCGAAAGAAGAAAUUUUUGAGGAUUAUUUAGCAAAUUGCCACUCUUGGGGGAUUCAGGUUUCCUACGAGCCAGUGAUUCUGAAUUGAAAGCCUAUUUAUUGGUUUUAAAGGGGCAAUUGGAUUUUCGACUGGUGACGCUAUUUACACAAGUCCCCAACUUUUCUGCUCCAAGUUUCACUCUGGGUUGACACUCUGAUGCCUUCUUGAAGUGACAAGUUAGCUACAUAAAAAAUGGGAGGAGAGUUUCUUGGAGACUUAGACAUGGAAGAAGUAUUGCCUUCCAUGUGGCCCGAUGAUCUUGCAAAUGAAGAUAGAAAGCAGUUCAACAUAGAUAAGCCCGGGUUUGAGAAAGAUAUGCUCGAAAAUGUUACAAUAACCGAAGAUCCAACUAUUGUAGAUUUCAAGCGUCUUGUGGAGUUAACCAACUAUAGUGAGAAGGGUUCCUCUCAAUUGGCUUACCUUGUGAAGAACUGGGAGUAUAAGCAGGCCAAUGCUGUCCGCCUUCUUAAUGAGGAACUCAACAUUCUAAGCAAACAGAGACAAGAAGUUGAACGAAAAAAGUUAGAUAUUAUCGAGGAGCAUCGGUUUGUCGAAGAGAAGUAUGAUGAAAAGCACCCCGUGUCCAUAUUGGAUGAAGUGUAUGAUAUUUGGGAUUCGCCUCCAAAGAGAAGGAAUGAUGUUCUUACUUAUAAUCAAAACAUCGAUAUUGAUGCAGAGUUUGAUACUAUCAAGUACUGGAAACAGCGAGCCAUGCAAUUGGAUAAUAUGCUAGAGGCAAGCAUCCAGCGGGAGCAAACUCUCAUCCAUAAGUUGGAGGAUAGUAUUAAGACUCUUGAAAAACAGUCAUCACCAGUAGAAGAACUGUCUGAUAUUUUAAAAAGAGCUGAUAACUUCUUACAUUUCGUUCUUCAGAAUGCACCAGUCGUUAUUGGUCAUCAGGAUAAAGAUCUGCGGUAUCGUUUCAUCUAUAAUCCUUUUCCAAGCCUGGGAGAGGAGGAAAUUAUAGGUAAAACUGAUACUGAGAUAUUUUCUGGAGCCGGUGUAAAAGAAAACCAGGAAUUCAAGAGAGAGGUCAUGGAGCGAGGUCGGCCUGCUAAGAGGGAGAUAACAUUUGAGACUGAAUUAUUUGGAUCAAAGACCUUUUUGAUAUAUGUUGAACCGGUAUUCAACAAGGCAGGAGAUACCAUAGGCGUGAAUUAUAUGGGAAUGGAAAUAACUGAUCAGGUGAUAAAAAGGGAAAAGAUGGCUAAGGUUCGGGAAGAGAUGGCUGUCCAAAAAGCUAAAGAAACAGAGUUAAAUAAAACGAUUCACAUAACAGAGGAAACAAUGAGAGCUAAGCAAAUGCUGGCAACCAUGUCUCAUGAGAUUAGAUCUCCUCUUACUGGGGUUGUUAGUAUGGCUGAGAUUCUAGCAAACACUAAAAUGGAUAAAGAACAACACCAACUACUGGAUGUUAUGAUAUCAUCCGGAGAUUUGGUUCUACAACUCAUCAAUGACAUACUCGACCUUUCCAAGGUUGAGUCCGGAGUUAUGAAGUUGGAAUCAACAAAAUUUCGACCAAGAGAGGUAGUAAAACAUGUACUUCAGACCUUUGCUGCAUCUUUGAAGAAAGAACUUACAUUGGAAGGACAUGUAGCUGAAAAUGUUCCAGUAGAAGUAAUCGGAGAUGUGCUAAGAAUUCGGCAAAUUCUAACCAACUUAAUCAGCAAUGCGAUCAAAUUUACGCACAAAGGGAAAGUCGGUAUAAAACUUCAUGUGGUAUCAGAACAAUAUCCGCAAGUUCUUUCAGGUGGAAAUGCUUCUUAUCAGUCACAAAGAGUUAUAGAAGAGAACUCUUCAGAAGAUCAAAUUUGUGACAACAUGGAAACUUCAAGUUCUCCAAGAUGUAAUGGGGAACUUGAAGAAACCUCAGAUGAAGAUUCUGAAAAGAAAGCCCGCCCACACGAAACGAGAGUAUGGCUUCGAUGUGAUGUUUAUGACACUGGAAUUGGAAUACCAGAAAAGGCACUGCCUUCAUUAUUUAAGAAAUAUAUGCAAGCCAGUGCAGAUCACGCGCGAAAAUAUGGUGGAACUGGGCUUGGCCUCGCUAUAUGCAAACAACUGGUGGAGUUGAUGGGUGGUUGUCUUACUGUGAGCAGCAAACAACACUGUGGGUCAACGUUCACAUUUGUGUUGCCUUAUAAGAUUCCAUCAAAAAGGGAGCAUUCUGAAGACACCGAUGAAGAUUCCUCUGCUUCUAGUGAUGAAGAUAUUAGUGUUGAGGAACUUAAUGGAACAUUUCUCUUUAAACCGCAUACUUUGGGUACAUUUACUUCUGAUGGAUCUAUGAAUCGAAAGACAAAAAUGUUAUGUCGUAGUUCAUUGAAGCCUUUCAGUAGUAUUAGUGGCCUUUCAGAAGAGUCUGAUUCAUUUUCUUCAAAUAGUUGUUUUCCGAGGGAGACAGCUUCAGCUGAUGACUUUUCCCCAGUUUCUAAUGGGAAAAACACAUGCAAUGAUCAUGAUACCCACCGUACUAAUACUAUGAAGAGAAGAGAAGAAACCCUAGCAAGUAACGGUUUCCAUAUGGAUUCAAGUACAAGUCCGCAUAGUGGGAGUUCUGAGGAAUGUGCAACGAGAUGCUCAGAGGAAGCUAAUACAUCUUGUAGUAGCAUCCAUAGAUAUGAAAAAGGUCCAAACUUUCCAAGCUUAACAAAUGGAAGUUGUCAAGAGAAUACAAUUCGCUUGAAGCCGAAAAUUCUUCUUGUAGAAGAUAACAAAAUCAACAUAAUGGUAGCUCAAUCAAUGAUGAAGCAGUUGGGGCAUAGCAUAGAUGUUGCAAAUAAUGGGUUGGAGGCAAUUCGUGCAGUUCAACGUUCUCAGUAUGAUAUUAUUCUAAUGGAUGUUUACAUGCCGGUGAUGGAUGGCCUUCAAGCCACAAGAUUUAUACGUUCUUAUGAGCAACAUGGCUACUGGGAUGCUUCCAUAGGAGAGAAUGGCGUUUGUCAUGCUGCGACUUGCUCAGAUUCUAAGCAAAGGGCUCUAGAUGAAGGGCACCACAGUAAGAGGAUACCUAUAAUUGCUAUGACAGCAAACUCUCUAUCAGAGAGUGCAGAAGAUUGUCUCGCUAAUGGAAUGGACUCAUUUGUAUCUAAACCUGUAACCUUCCAAAAAUUGAAACAGUGUCUAGAACAAUAUUUGCCUCGAUGAAUCAUUGUAAAUUACUUUCAUCUGUAAAAUAUAGAGGAAAUGUAGUCAAAGAAAUUUUGUAAUUAAUGUAUCAUAGCUUUACUAGUUAAUCGAGGCCAUGUAUACACUUUGCUCCUCCGUCACUAGCAAGUUCAUGUAUGUUGUGUAAUAAUAAUAGUUCCUUUUUGACUCAAAUGUGAAAUUC